AUGGCGGACUCACCAUGUGAGCCACGAGCAAAAAGGCAAAAAGUUGAUAAGGCAGGUCGUUUUGCUGCCCUGGCCAAACUGAAAGAAUUAAAAGGUAGCAAACAUAAGUAUGAAGUUGAAGAGGAGGUCGAUAGUGUAUAUGAAAUAGUCGAUGAACGUGAAUAUGCAAAGAAAGCAAAGGAAUUAUAUGGUGAUGAUUGGAUAGAAGAUGAUGGCACCGGCUAUGCCGAAGAUGGUCGUGACUUUUUCGAGGAUGAGGAUGAAUAUUCAGAUGAUGAUGGUGCCGCCAAGACAUCUAAAGAUCAAAAGAAAGGUGCCAAGAAACGUCCACGGGAAAGUGAUAAUCCAGCCAAAGGCAAAGGUUCCAUUCGAAAUCUCUUCAGCAAUGCUGUACCUAAAAAAGCACCUGCAACUUCAAUUAAAGAUGAUGACAUUUUGAAUGAUAUCUUGGGUGAGCUGCAAGACAAACCCAAAGACGCUUCAACUUCCAAUGAAGCAGCCAAACCACAAAAAGUAAUUGCCCCUGCCCGUAUUGUUACCAAUGCCAGAAAAUCAGAUGCGGCUGUGGCCAAGGAAUAUAUGAACAGUUUCAUCAACAACAUCAACAUGAAAGAGUCGUCAAAGAAGACUAAAGAGACCAGUGAUGAUGAACUUCUGGACAGUAUUCUUAAAUCAAAACCAAAAGAAAAACCGAAAACUUCUGCAGCACCGGUUGCAACUGUUGUAAAACAACAAGAAACGAAAGUAGUUGAACCCACAGUAGAGAAUAAAGAAAACACUAAAGAAUUAAAAUCUGUUCCAAAAGAAAAAGAAGAACCCGCUGCUGCAUCAUCUUCUAAGGAACCUGUUAUACCAGAUGAUGAUAUGGAUUUCAGUUGUUUACAGGAUGAUGAAAAUCAAUUUGAUUUGGAGAAAACUGUUGGGGCUUCCAAAACCGUUGAAACGCCCUCAAAAACAAAAGUACCCGCUCCAACUCCCGAGGAAGAUAUGCAAAAAUUACUCAACAAUUGGGAAAAUAUUUGUCAAAUGGAUGAUUUUAAUGAAGAAUUAACAUCUGCUCCGGUAACUAAUGGCACUGAUGCCUUGAGUGCCCAAGAGAAUUUACGUUUCUGGUAUUGGGAAGCAUGGGAAGAUCCAUUACGUCGUCCAGGUGAAGUUUUUCUCUUUGGUCGUACCCAAGAGGGUAAAUCGAUUAGUGUACGGGUGGAGAAAAUUGAUCGGGUUAUAUAUCUACUGCCGAGAGAAUAUCUUUUGGAUCCCAUCACUAAGGAACCAACGAAACAAAAAGUCACACUGGCAGAUUUGUAUAAAGAAUUCGAUGAAACCAUAUCGAACGAUUUGAAACUUGGCGAGUUUCGUUCACGCAAAGUAACAAAGAAUUUUGCAUAUCAUUCGAUAGGAAUUGAUGUACCACAACAAUGCGAUUAUAUGGAAGUGCAUUACGAUGGCAAGAAACCUCCACCAAAUACUAAAGUUAAAUAUAAUUCCAUUGCUCAUAUUUUCGGUACAAAUACCACAUCUCUGGAAAGAUUUAUAUUGGAUCGUAAAAUAAAGGGACCUUGUUGGUUAAAUUUGAAACAAUUCAAAGUAAAUCCUGCACCGAUGAGUUGGUGUAAAAUUGAUGUUACCGUUAGUGAGCCAAAGUUUGUGGUACUAACUGAAGAUCCUAAGCCAGUGCCACCACCACCCAUUACACUGCUAACGUUAAAUGUACGCACCUCGCUAAAUAGCAAAACGCUGAAAAAUGAAAUAUGCAUGAUAUCCAUGUUGGUCCACAAUCGUUUUCAAGUUGAUAAGCCACCACCAAAUCCGCCAUUCAACAAACAUAUGUGCGGCCUUACUCGACCUGCAAUGUGCACUUGGCCAUUUGAUUUGAAUGCCAAGUUAACCAAAUUCAAAGCCACCAAGAUCUUCAAACAUGACUCCGAAAGGGCUUUGCUCAGUUGGUUUUUGGCUCAAUAUCAACAAAUUGAUGCCGAUCUCAUUGUGACACACGAUGCACUGGAUUGUCAACUGGAUGUUAUAGCUGAUCGUAUUGUCACUUU